UCUCUCACUCUCUCUGAAGCUCCAAUCAUGUAUGGAGGAGAUGAAGUAUCGGCCAUAGUUAUCGACUUGGGCUCUCACACCUGUAAAGCUGGUUACGCCGGUGAAGAUGCUCCCAAGGCCGUCUUUCCUUCUGUUGUUGGGUCAAUUGAUCAAAUGGAUGUUGAUGACUCUGGAAAUGCUGAGAGAAAUAGUGGGUCCGGUGUGGAUUCUAAGAACAAUGUUGAUUCGAACAAAGGGAAAGGAAAACGCAAAUUGUAUGUAGGAACACAAUCCUUAGGGUAUCGCCGUGACCAUAUGGAGGUUCUAUCACCCUUUAAGGAUGGAAUUGUUGCUGACUGGGAUAUUGUGGAUAGUAUAUGGGAUCAUGCUCUUAGGGAAUGUUUGUUAGUUGAUCCCAAAGAGCAUCCAAUGCUACUUGCUGAACCAUCUUCAAACACUCAACAACAGAGGGAAAGGUGAUCUGCCA